AUGAAUUGGACAAAUCGUCGUCCGUUCAAAUCGCUAACUCAUGGUACAUUUGCAAAAGUAACUGAUCAGCCGAUGGCUAUGGCUGAUCGGCAUGAACGAUGUAUCAUACCUCGAAAUGAUAAACCAAUUGAUGCUCUGAGACUACAGUUAGCUGAUAUUAAUUCGGAUUUAAAUAUGAGUCGACGGCAUUAUCAACCACAACAAAUUACCACAUUUUCGGAUCAUAAUCGUUCAUUACGUCGAUCAUAUUCAUCGGUUCAAUCAAUAUCAACAUUAGAAACGGAUUUUUUACAUCAAGUGUCGACAAUUCGAACAUAUCCAUCAAGUAUUUCACAUCAUAUUACUGAACAAAAUGCUAUAAAUCCCGAAGGUACAAUUGAAAAUGAUUAUCGUUUAGUAUCUAAUGCAGGCAAUAAUAAUAUUGAGAUAGAACAUCGGGUUUAUUCAUCAACCGAGUCGAUUCAUUAUCCUUCGAAUGCAGUAAUUGCUCAAAAUUAUUGUCCAGUUCAUCAUCGACCAACAACAACGAAGCCAAAUUUUAAUUUCAGUGAACAAUUGUCAUUAUCACACAGAAAUAUUCAAGAAAAAGAAUCCCAUGUUCCACUGUCUUUACAGCGUGAUUUAUCAGGCAAAGCUACUAUUUCUGAGCAAAAAUUAGUGAUAGAUCCUGUUAUCGCUUUACCAGUGCAACAACAAACAACUACAGCGGAAGCGUUACCAGCUGAUGAUCAACGUCACUCUAUUGAACAGUUAUUCAGUUAUGUGAAGCUUUUUCUCUGUGCGAAACUUUCCAGUGAUCUUUUG